UAGGAGGGUUUUUAAGUGGUGGCUUCUUAUCUUGUUGUUUUUGGCUUUUGUAGAGAAGCGCUUACUAAGAUGGCGAGAAGCGCUUCUGAGGAGCCUCUUCUCCCUUUGUUGGAGUUGAAAAGUUCCGAGAAAUUGGCGGAGACGCAUCAACAUGAUGAUGCCACUUUCAUUAGGACUUGUUUUAAUGGGCUCAACGCUUUAUCAGGAGUUGGACUACUGUCAAUCCCCUAUGCACUUUCACAAGGAGGUUGGUUAAGCCUGCUGCUACUCUUCAUUGUAGCCAUGAUCUGUUGCUACACCGGCCUGCUCCUUCAACGGUGCAUGAACGCCGACCCGAGAAUCCGAACCUAUCCGGACAUCGGCGAGUUCGCAUUUGGCUACUCGGGAAGGAUCUUCGUGUCGAUCUUCAUGUACUUGGAGCUCUACCUCGUCGCGAUCGGGUUCUUGAUACUAGAGGGUGACAACUUGGAUAAGUUGUUCCCCGACACUAGGCUUACCGUCGGAACCGUCAGCAUCGCGAGUAAGCAGUUGUUUGUCAUGCUAGUCGCGCUUAUAAUCUUGCCGACUACUUGGCUGCGGAGUCUCGGCGUGCUUGCUUAUGUCUCGGCCGGAGGGGUUCUUGCCUCGGUUAUUGUUGUGUUCUCCGUGCUGUGGGCCGCGACGGUUGAUGGGGUUGGAUUCGGUGAAAGAGGGAGGUUCUCCAACUUGAGCGGUCUGCCGACCGCUCUGGGGCUUUACACAUUCUGUUAUUGCGGCCACGCUGUGUUUCCGACGCUAUGCACUUCGAUGAAGGAUAAGAGUAAGUUCUCAAAGGUGUUGCUGCUAUGCUUUAUUACAUGCACUCUUAACUACGGCUCGAUGGCAAUUUUGGGCUACCUCAUGUACGGCGACAGUGUAAACUCUCAAGUGACUUUGAAUCUCCCUACAGGAAAGCUUAGCUCGAAGGUAGCAAUAUACACCACACUAAUCAAUCCGUUCUCCAAGUAUGCCUUGAUGAUUGCCCCGGUCGCAACUGCAAUCGAAGAAAGAUUGAUCACGGUCAACAAGAGAUCUCCUAUGCUGUUGAUUCGAAGCCUCGUGGUUCUUAGCACCGUGGUUAUAGCCUUAACCAUCCCAUUCUUCGGCUCGCUUAUGGCGCUCAUUGGCUCAUUACUAAGCAUCAUAGUGUCUAUGAUGCUGCCCUGUAUAUGCUACAUCAAGAUAUUCGGGGCGUCACAAGUUCGGAAGGUCGAGCUAGUACUCAUCUCGGGGAUUUUGUUGACGGGUUCUUUGGUUGCUGUAACCGGCACUUACUCUUCUUUGAAGGAGAUUAUUCAUCAAUUCUGAGUAUUCCUACGGGAAAUUGUAGUGUUCUACCCAUAGAGUUCAUCAGUUAGCGUGACCGACAGCGAAGGGAAGCUCAUUCUGUGUACAAUUGUAAAGAAUAGCUUUCAGCGGCUGCAAAUCGAAUCAAUUAGAGAUGCAUGCAUGUAUGUGGUCGGCGACGCUCUUUCCAGUGACUCACUGUGAGUCAAUUUGGUUCUUGGAUUCUGAGACCGAUUCGAAGCCUGCUAGUGAUUGCUCCGAAGGACACGACUGAUCAAGUUUCCUCCAGGAGAAGGAAGAGGAAAACUGGAGGGUACCGCCGACAUGAUUUCGUGUUCGGUGUAAAGUCCACCCUGUGCUGUUUCUAUGCUAGUUUUAUGCAGAAGAACUAUUUUGCCAACAUAUUUGAUUGGCAUGUUAAAUAAACGGCGAAAACUCGAUCUUUGUAAUUGCCGAUUAUAAGUUCGAUCUUUGUAAUUGCUGAUUAUAAGGUCACUUUUUGAUUCUCUGGGAACUAA